AUGUGGAAGUCAAUGAUUACAUAAAUGUGAAAGCACUCAGAUUUUCGUACAAAAGUAGACACAGGAAAACACCCCCGAGCAGUCUAGUACUCGAACCUGUCGGGCAAGAUGACCGGAGCCAUCAGAGUCCAACCAAAGAUACCGUAGCACACCCAAGAGCUCACAAUCUUGACCCAGCUAGCCCAGUAAGUGCGACCGACGGGCAUGAAGUCCUCGUGUCCGGUGUGCAAGUGCUUGUCUGCGCCGAUGUUCUGGGUCAGCAGCGUCGCGAUCCAGGCUGUGGCCAGCAUGAAGAUGAAGUGGAAGAGCGCGUAGUUGUACUGCGGCGCCCGAUUCAACGGCACGGCGAAGAGCCUCGGCGCGCAUGGCACGGCGGCUCUCGGGCUGGGUGGAAACCAAGUCGUGGCCGCCCUCCUCAGCUUCGACAGGAGAAGAGUCAAGUAGGUGCAGUAGAUGCUGACAGUGGCAGCUUGGGCAAGGCCGGCACGUGGGUUGGAGGCUUGCACAGUUGGGUGGAUAGCCAUGGCGCUGAUGCCGAGAACCAAGAUAAGACAAUAUCUUACUGUGAUGGCUGCCUGGUUCAUCGAACAGUUGGACUGAGCGAAGAAGAUGUACAUGACGAUGGUAAUAGCAAUGCUGCCAAGAUACAUGCCCAGAGUCGAGCCGAUGAGAAGGCUGCGCCAGAGCUUGGAGUCGGUAUCCUCGAUCUUCUCAAUGCAGUGCUCAGCCCAUGUAUGCGCAAGGUCUACCAGCAGGAUCAAGCCAAGGAGCAAGAACAGGAUGGCACCACCGAAAGCGACGUAGUUACCCCAGACCUCGAAGAAAGUGUUCGGGAUGAGGAAAGUGAGGACGAUCAAGCCCAGCCAUGCGAUGAUCUUGGGUCCCCAAAAGCCAUUCUGAAUAGGCGCACGGCGGUCUUUCGAGCUGUUGACGCCGAGCAGCAGGACGGCGUGGAUGGCAUGGAAGCAGCCGAGAGCGAAGUUGACGCGGUGGACAGCGGUGAAGCCGAAGCAUUGUUUUCCGGCACAGUCGAUGGUGACAUAGUCGAGGAGGACGCCCUGGAGCUUCUUGACGGCCCAGUCGGUCAUGUACAUGUUAUGUCUUCUGCUGGGAUGCAUGAUGCCGCUGCUGUUGCGAUCUGUAUGCCAGGCGUCAGUAUACCUGGAAGAUUGAGACGAUGGGCGCAAGACAGGACUGACCGUGCCGACGCUGGGGAUUGCCAGUAG